UAACCCGCCCCGUCUCCGUACCAAAAUAUAAAAUUGUCGCGGACAUGGCAAUCCGAGCAAGAAGUUGCAGAAGCUGCGCGAAGAAUAGGAAUUUUAGGGUUAGGGUUUUCUGAGGCAGACAUUGACAACUUUAAUUAGCCAACCCAGUGAUCGAGACGAUGAUCUACGACGUCAACUCACCCCUCUUCCGAUCCUUCCUCAGCCAGAAGGGAGGUUCGGCCUCCGAUAAGAGGAAACUGGAGGAGCAGAAGCCCAAGGAUCAGAGACCUAAAGCCAGUGAGAAUAAGCCUGUUAUGACAGAGUGACAGCAGUCUGGGAUAUCAGCAUUAGAAUGGGAUAGGAUGUAGACUUUUUAACUGCUGUUGUUAAUGUGAGUGAGAAACUUGUUUGAAGUGACCUUGCUACUAUAUCAUGUUUUGAGCUGGUAAUAUUAUCUAUUUUCAUAUGAGUUUUAUGUUAA